GAUUUAAAGUUUCGCGGUUCUGCCCCAAUUUCUCAUUCUCCUUUCUACUUUCUUCUUCCUCUUCUCACAAUCUCCUUCACUUCCACUGCUGCUCGAUCGCGCUCUCACUCUCUAUGGCUCCGUAACCGGACUCGCCUUAAUCGCUCGCCAAUCCUCCGCAGAUAAUUAAGGAAGUUAUUCAUGGCCCCGGUAAGGAAAACAAAGGGUGUGAAUAAGAGGUUUCCUUAUAUCAAUGAGGUUGCUUCUAGCAAAUAUGGAGAUAAUGCUAACAAAAACAAGCAGAAAAAGAGAAAGUUGUCUGACAUGUUAGGGCCUCAAUGGACCACUGAAGAGCUAAAGCACUUCUAUGAAGGAUAUCGCAAGUAUGGGAGAGACUGGAAGAAGGUUGCUUCGGUAGUCCGUCACCGGUCUGUGGAGAAUGUAGAGGCCCUUUACACUAUGAAUAGGGCCUACUUAUCUCUUCCCGAGGGCACUGCUUCUGUGAUUGGCCUAACAGCAAUGAUGUGUGACUAUUACUCUAUGUUGGAAAGAAGUGACAGUGAACAAGAAAGCAUUGACGAUGCAGGGACCUCCAGAAAGCCUCGAAAGCUUGCAAGAGGGAAAUUACGGAAUGACGCCUCAAAAGGAUUGGAAGGACAUAUUCCCGAUAUUUCUCACUCCCGUUCAAUUGCAUCAGAUGGCUGCUUGUCACUGUUGAAAAAUAGGCGCACUGGAAUCAGGCCUCAUGCUGUUAAAAAAAGGACUCCUCGUGUCCCGGUUUCUUCUUAUGAUAAAGAUAACAGCAAAAAGUACUUUUCACCGGCCAGGCAAGGUAUAAAAAUCAGUACAGAUGGUAGUGAUGUUAACAUGGCUCAGGAGUUGGCGUUUUCGUUGACUGAACCCUCACAUAAAGGUAGUUCUCCCCAAGUUUCCAGGACGCCCAAGUCAAGAGCUAAAGGCAGUACUCCAUCUCCUGUUCAGAAUGGCGAAAGGAUGUUUGCAGAAACAGAUAUGAAAAUUGGCAGGCCCCGUGGUGGGGAAAUGGAUGGGGUUGGUUGUGAGUUAAGCUUAGGCAGCAUGCAAGCUGAUUAUGACAUGGAGAGAUACUAUUUAAAGAGGCAAAAAAGGGAAGAAAGUGAAAACAAUCAUUUGGAAGAUGUAAAAGAAAGUAGUAGUGGAACAGAGGAAGAACAAUAUAAGAUAAGUGCUGUCAAGGGAAAACUGGGUACUAGAGUUGUGGGUGCAAAAAAUGCAAGUUCCUUCCACAAGGAUAGAAAGAAAACUAAAACAGCUAAUGUUGGAAGAGAUGAAGACUCAUCCUUUGAUGCCCUACUUACUCUGGCAGAUCUAUCCUUGAGGAUGCCUGAAGCAACUGCUGAAAUGGAAUCAUCUGCACCUGUCGAGGAAGAAAACUUCAACAUUGCUAAGAAGUCUAAACUCAAAGGGAAUCCUUCAGUUACUAUGGUUGAAGAAGACACUGCUUUGAAAACAUCUCAUCUGGGAAAACUCAAAGAGGGAGUUCCACAGUCUACUACUGGAAUUCAAAAAAGAAAACAGAAGUCGCCAGUUAAAUUGCAGAUAAAUGAGAAUGAAGCUCAGACUGAGUUUCCUUGGAAAGACAAUCAAAUGAUUGAGUCUACAGAUGAGGUGAACUAUGUGAAUAAAGUUAAACGGUCUUCUCACUAUGAUACGCACCAAAAGCAUGGGAAAUUGGUGAAGCCUCUGGGGAAUUCAUCUUCUACUACAGAUCGUGAAAGGCAAGAGAACAAUUCAGGUUUAUCAACUGUAGAAGUUCAAUAUGCAAACCAGGCCAACUUAACCUUGAGAGACAAGAGUAGACGGAAGGACAUACAGAAAGAUGCAAAGUCUCUGCAGAGUACAUCAUAUGACCAGCCUAAUAAACUGGUUCUUUUAGUUCCUAAAAAUGAACUGAAUCUCAAGGGAAGACUUUCCAAUUGCUUAUCUCGGUAUCAAGCGCGGAGAUGGUGUGCUUUUGAAUGGUUUUAUAGUGCAAUCGAUUACCCAUGGUUUGCUAAAAGGGAGUUUGUUGAGUACUUGAAUCACGUUGGAUUGGGUCAUGUUCCAAGAUUAACUCGUGUUGAAUGGGGUGUUAUAAGGAGUUCCCUUGGGAGGCCACGGAGAUUUUCUGACCAGUUUUUGAAGGAAGAAAAAGAGAAACUUCAUCAGUACCGGGAGUCUGUUAGAAAGCAUUAUGCUGAACUUAAUGCCGGUACAAGGGAUGGACUUCCAACUGACUUAGCUCGGCCUUUAUCAGUUGGACAACAUGUUAUUGCUUUUCAUCCCAGGUCUAGGGAGGUCCAUAACGGAAUUGUACUGAGUGUUGACCAUAGUAGGUAUCGUGUUCAGUUUGACCAGUCUGAACUAGGAGUUGCAGAUAUCAUGGAUAUUGAUUGCAUGCCGCUGAAUCCAUUGGAAAAUGUACCUGCUUCUUUCACAAGGCAAAACAUCAUUGUCAACAAAUAUACUGAGAACUUUAGGGAGAUCAAGAUUAAUGAACAACAGAAAGAAGGGAAGACUGAAGGGUAUAUGAAAGCUGUUUCUACUGGCAACCUGAAUAGCACUGCUGUUCCUUGUCAUAUUCUGCCGACAACUCCUCAAACCAACAAAUCAUCAAAGCAUAUAGAGGGGAAGUCUUCAAUUUUUAAUAAAGAAGCUAAAGUUGGGCCUGCUGAGACUGCUAGUACAAAAGUUGCAAAUUCUCAGCCUUCAAUUUCUGUGCAGAUGCAAGCUAGGGAAGCUGAUGUACGAGCUCUGUUUGAGUUGACCCGUGCACUUGACAAAAAGGAUGCCGUGGUUUCUGAAUUGAGGCGUAUGAAUGAUGAGGUGUUUGAAAAGUGCCGAGAUGGAGAUGACUCUAUUAAGGAUUCUGAGUCUUUUAAAAAGGAAUAUGCUGCAGUACUAUUACAGUUGAGCGAAAUCAAUGAUCAGGUUUCUUCUGCUCUUUUUUGCUUGAGACAACGCAACACAUAUAGAGGGAGCUACCCACUUAUAUCGGCGAAUCCCCUGUCCGGCUUUAGUGACUCCAGUGGCCAUUCAAGCUCUUUGUGCCAUGUCCAAGAACCGGCAACUCAUGUGUAUGAAAUUGUUGAAAGUUCAAGAGCAAAAGCGAAGGAAAUGGUUCAUGUAGCUAUGCAGGCAAUAUCAUCCUUGAAGAGGGAAAAUAACAUUGAGAGAAUUCAGGAGGUUAUAGACUUUGUAAGUCAACAGCUCUCAGAGGAUGAUGCUGGCAGGCUAUCAAUGGGAUCUGCUACCCCUGCAGCUCCAAUUCUGGUUUCUGAAGAUCAGUCAACUGCCUGUACAGAAAAACCUGAUCCUAAGUCAAACAGUUUAUCCAACCAAAGCGAAGACCAACUCCUUUCAGACCUUAUCGCAAAUUGUGUGGCAGCUUUGUUCAUGAUUCAGACAUGUACAGCACGACAGUUUUCACCAGCUGAUGUUGCUUGGGUAUUAGAUCGUGCUGUCACUAGUUUGAAGCCAAUUUGCACACAGAACCUACCAGUUUAUGGAGAGAUACAGAAGUGCAUGGGAAUCGUUAGAAGUCAGAUACUAGCACUCGUGCCUACAUAGCUUCAUUCAGCCUAAACACGUGUCAAUAUCAGUAUAUAAUUAUGUGUCUUUCGGCAUGUUGUAUGUAUAACCAUAAUCAGCUCAUGAACCUAACAUUUCAUUUUUUCGUAUUUAUGAUAGAGUUAUAGUAUAAAUGUUGUAUUUUCAAAUUAGUAUAAAUGUUGUAGAAGAGCAGUUCCGUUCCUUGCCAUCAAAUGGGUGGAGUGGGAGUCAGUUUCAAUUGUUGAA